CAGUGCAGAGAGAGAUGGCGCCCAGCUCGAAAUCUGAAAAGGACGAUAGCAAACAGAAAACCAAGAGAAGGCACAAAGACCAUGUUGUUAAGCUUCUCAUGCGUGGGAAGCUUGCAGGACAGUUUUCCCAGCGCCUGUUCAGGAAGCUCCCACCCCGAGUGUGUGUCCCUUUAAAAAAUAUCGUCAGCGAGGAGUUCCUCCGAGCAGGGCACAUCUUCCUUGGCUUCACCAAAUGUGGCCGCUACGUACUUUCUUACACUAGUGACUGUGGAGAAGAUGAUGAUUUCUCUUUCUAUACCUAUCAUCUCUACUGGUGGGAGUUCAACCUUCACAGUAGACUCAAACAGGUCCAUCAUGUACGACUGUUUGCAGGAGAGGAAAUAUACAGUGAUUUGUAUCUCACUGUGUGUGAAUGGCCUAAUGACCACUCCAAAAUUGUUAUCUUUGGCUUCAAUACACGCAGUUCAAGCUCUGUGCUGAUGAACUUAAUGAUGAGUGAUGAGAACAACAGAGACAUCUAUAUCACCAUAGCUUCUAUGCCUCCUUCAAAACCUUGCUCAUAUUGCUGUCCAGUUCCGUCAGCCACAACCAUACGUACAGGAAGCGGUCAGUGUCUUGAACAUGGAUAUGUACUCAACAGCAGGUACCAGGUGGUGUAUCCAUUCCCUACUUUUCAACCAGCUUUCCAGUUAAAGAAAGACCAAGUCAUCUUGUUAAACACUAGCUACUCUCUGGUGGCUUGUGCCAUCUCACUCUCUCCAGGGAAGCAGGGUCAGUCUUCACAGAUUCUUUACACAAAGAAAGCAGCUCUGUCACCUCCAACUUCAGCAUCCGUUCCCUUGACGUCCUUGGCUUCCUCCUCACUACCUCCGGGAUUUCCUGAAAAUCGACAGUCUACUUGUAGGCCUGCUCCAAUUCCUUCAUCUCCUGUCCAUUCACAAGCAGCCAUGCGAGCUCGGGAGUUUGCUGCUGACCUUUUCAGGCGAGCCCAAGGAGUAGGAGGGAAGGAGAGCGAGGGCCCAGGGGAGAGGAAAACAGCUGAUGUUGGUGAAAAAGAGGGAUUGCACAUACCAGGAGAUAAAGGGAUUAAUGUUUCCAGAGAGGGAGAGGAUUGUAAAGACAGUAUGACGGAGGAUAGACGGACUAGUGCAACACAAGCAUCAACUUCAUGUGGAAGCAUCAGUCUUCAGCAGUGCUCCGAACAAGUGAUGUCUCCUGCCUCUUCUUCAUCUUCACCACCAUCAACUUCAACCAUUUCCCCAUGCCAGGAUGCUGGCUCCAGUGAGCCGGGAUAUGUGAACUACUCACGCCUGCACUACCGCCUACAACAGCCAGGGGCAGCAGAGCAGAAUUCAGGAGGUUAUGAGGAUGAUAAAGUCCAGCUGCCUUUCACAGUUACAGACCUGAAAGGACAGAACUUACAGCUAGUCACUGGACCACAUAAUGGACAGAGUGUGUGUGUAGAGCAGCUGACCCUGGAUUUUGAGUAUCUCAUCAAUGAAGUGAUCAGGAGUGAUGCUGCCUGGGCACCACAGUUCUGCUCUUUCAGUGACUAUGAUGUUGUGAUACUAGAGGUGUGUCCAGAGACUAACACCGUGAUGAUCAACAUCGGUCUGCUGCUGCUGGCCUUCUCUAACUCGGACGAGGAGCACUGCAGGCCGAACACGUACCAUUCCAACCUGCAGGUCAGCUGGGACCUUAACACUGGUGUGUGUUGUACGGUGGGUGUGGGUGACCUAACAGAGGUCAAGGGUCAGACCAGUGGAAGUGUGUGGAGCUCUUACAGAAAGUCUUGUGUGAACACGGUGAUGAAGUGGCUGGUUCCCGAGGGAAGCUCCCGCUACAUCAAUCGCAUGACCAACGAAGCUCUGCACAAAGGCUCAUCCCUGCAAGUGUUGGCAGAUAGUGACCGAUGUACCUGGAUUGUACUAUGAAGAACCAAGCGGUCCACAAAUGUUGAUGUACCUGAAAAUAAAAGUUCAGACAGCCGCGUGAUCAGAAGCUCGGCUUCAGCAUCGAGCUCGACUUCAAUCAGAGCAAAACUGUACACAUUCAGAGGAUGCUUUAUUUGUAAUAUGUAGGUAAAAUAAGUGUCAAACUAAAACAGAACAAGAAGAUCCGGUAGAAAUGCCUAAAAGAUGUUUAGUUUUUUUUUUGGAGGGGGGGUACUAUAUUAUUGCAUUAUUUAGAAACAAAAGCUGGGCUGAACAAAGAUUUUUAUGUUUUGUUUUUAUACAAAAAGGGAUAUUUUUAUUGUGCUUACGUGUCUGUUAAGUAAAUGUAUGCAACAUCUGUACCUGUGUGACGCUCAUCAGUGUGUGUUAGUGUGCGUGGAGCACCUGCACGUUCAGUGUGAAACAUUUGACACAUUCUGCUGCCUUUUGAACAAAGUGGUUUCUCUUCUGGGCUAGACCAGUUCAGUCACGCGAUGUCGAUUCAGACCUGCCAGAUUUAAAAUGAAGGAAAGUAAACUUAGGUGGUACUAGGAUUUUUUUUCUUUUCUUUCCCCCUUGUUUUUUUUGUUUGUUUUUUUUUCCCAGCAGUGUUUUGCUGCAGUCACCUGUUCUGAAGAUGACUGUCAUGUUGUCUGUUUACUGAAAUACCGGUAAAAGCAAGACUGUACUCUACUGGAAAUAUUUUGUUAAAAUAAAAUGUUAAAUUGU